AUGUUGGUAACUUUCGUGGUGGUGGACGCUCCGAGUGCCUACAAUGUGAUCAUGGGAAGAGAUUGGAUCCAUAUAAUGGAUGGGGAGGCAUCAACCAGAUGCCAAGUGAUGAGAUGUUUAACUAACAAUGGUCUUGGUACUAUCGAUAUCAAAGGGAUCAACUCGAAGCCAAAAGGUGUUACAACAUAG